CGCACAUCAAGGUCACACAGACCCAAUCUACCCACGACAGGGGCUUCUCGGCAGCUGCGCUCAACAUCGCGGUACAUCUUUCCAGACAAGUCGAUCAAACCCGUUUCACAUUGUUCCUUCUCCAUCAGACCUUUGAGCAUGUCCUUCUCCCGCGACCAAGCCAGGCGCAAGUCUCGAUGGGAGGAAGAAGAAGCAUACAGACCUUUGCGUCAGAGCCCUUCUCGCAGGCAUGAGCGAGGUCAGGAUCGCCACACCGUACCUGUGCAGAGCGGUCAACAUACGGAUCGCGCGAAUGGGAGGAGCAGAGAUGCGCACGGGAGGGGAAAAGAGAGCAGAUGGGACACCGGCGAAGGAUCCACCAGCAGACAGCCAGAGGGUCACGGCGAUGGCAGGAGCAGACGUUCCGAUCGAGAUCGAGAAGGAGAAGAAGCUUUUCGAAGCGGUCCUUCAUCCAGCUAUAGAGAAAGCAGAGCGCGACCUCCUCCUCGCUCUCGGUCCCGCUCUCGCUCGCCUGGCUACUGGGAGCGAGACCGAGCGCGCGAACGACGAGCGUACGAUUCGCGAAAUGCGCAGGGCCAGGCAGUUAGCAGCGCUGGAGACAGUCACAUUGACAAGGACAAGGACUCGCAGCCCAACUUUGAAAGCUCCGGAUUGUUGGCUGCAGCCAGUAACAAUGUGAAUGGCGUGGCUCUCAAGUACCACGAACCUCCCGAGGCUAGGAAACCGAAGAAAAAGUGGAGGUGCUACGUCUACAAGGAUGGCAAGGAGAUUGAUCUUCUCCACAUCUCUCGUCAGUCCGUCUACCUACUAGGCAGAGAUCGAGCCGUAGCAGACAUACCAGUGGAGCACCCCAGCGUCUCCAAGCAGCACGCAGUGCUGCAGUACAGGCUCGUCAUCAAGCGCAACGAAUUCGGAGACGAGAGCAAGAACAUCAACCCCUUUCUGCUCGACUUGGAAUCAGCAAACGGAACGACGCUCAAUGGGACAGAGUUGCAGCCUGCCAGAUACUACGAGCUCCUUUCGGGCGACACGAUCAAGUUCGGAGCGAGCGAGAGGGAGUGGACGCUGCUUUGCGAGGAGUGAGGAGGCUCGAGGACGAGACUGAGGUCAUCACUGCAAUCUCGAUCCACAGAAAUACGCGAGUUCUGUGGACCACUGCGUGUAAUUUCUACGUAAUUUACAUCCACCGCAAAUGGGAAUUCGAAUGCCAUGAGCGCUUUGGAGACGAGCGGACGUGCAUAAAGUGUUCGGACGGAAGAAGCAUCUAGAGACGAGACAGAUCUCUUCCGUAAAGACCGCGUCGCUUUUGGAAGUACGAGCAAGUCGGAUGCAUCAGAUGUCAGCAAAUCGUAUGGGGAGCGCACACGGGAGCGCAUACACCAAGAUUCUCGAGUCGAGACUGCACGCUCGGGAUCAAAACUCACAACGUAGUCCAUCAGAAGCAGCAGGCGUGUUCUGGUGCUCACUUGCUCUCUGUUGGAUCAUCGCAGCGGAAUGUCGGUCAGGAAGCCCAACACAGCCAGCCGCACUGUGCAACUUUCGCACUCACG